AAACCUAAUUAAUUCAAUUGUCUUUGUUAGUUAUACAAUGUUGCGUCACAUUUUUCAUCAAUUCAUAUCUCCUGAUUGCAUGACAUGCAUGCGUACGUUUUUUUGUCUUUUCAAAUUUCUUUUCAAUUCAUCACUAGUAAAACAGCUUAUUUUUCAUCUUCCAGAUGAAAACUGCAGAGUUGUUUCUCCUCAUGUAAAUGUCCAGCCACACAGUGCUCUCCCACUGUCCCCCCUCAUGCUUCUGCACAAGACACCAUAAAACAGGACACACCUCCACCAACUGUCUAAUAAGACAUGUCAUACAAAUACCCAUGCUAGUCAAUCCAGUCAGCCUUCCAGCAAGGAAUUUACCCCCUGUGUCACAAACGGAUAUAGCAGAUUGAAAAGGGAGGGAGAGCAGCUCAGAAUCUCUGCAGCCAUGACAGAAAAGGGGGAUAAGGAGGAUGAUGCAUCCUCACAGAAAUCAAAGCCAAAGAAGGUGGAGUGCUGUGGCUAUCCACUCAGCAUAUUCUUCAUCGUGGUCAAUGAGUUCUGCGAGAGAUUCUCCUACUAUGGAAUGCGAGCUGUCCUCGUGUUGUACUUCAAGUACUUCUUGCUCUGGGAUGAUGAUUUAGCCACCUCUAUCUACCAUACCUUUGUGGCCUGUUGCUACCUGACACCAAUCUUUGGGGCCAUUGUGGCUGACUCCUGGCUUGGAAAGUUCAAGACAAUCAUAUACCUGUCAAUCGUCUAUGCAGUCGGCCAAGUUGUGAUGGCUGUUAGUGCCAUUCAUGACAUCACUGACACAGACAGAGAUGGCACGCCAGACAACAUGACUGUUCAUGUGGCGCUCUCCAUGAUUGGCCUACUGCUCAUCGCCCUGGGAACAGGUGGGAUCAAACCGUGUGUAUCUGCCUUUGGAGGAGACCAGUUUGAGGACCAUCAGACAAGGCAAAGGAGCACUUUCUUUUCAGUGUUCUAUCUGUGCAUCAAUGCUGGAAGCCUUCUCUCAACCAUCGUCACCCCAAUCCUAAGAGGCCAGGAGUGUGGCAUCUACAGUCAACAGAAAUGCUACCCUCUUGCCUUUGGCGUACCAGCUGCUCUCAUGGUGGUGGCGUUAGUUGUUUUCAUAGCGGGAAGUAGUAUGUACGUCAAAACUGCCCCGAAGGGAAACAUUAUGCUGGAUGUGUGUAAAUGUAUUGGUUUUGCCAUCAAGAACCGCUACAGGCACAGAAGCAAACAGCAUCCAGGCAGAGAACACUGGCUAGACUGGGCCACUGAAAAAUAUGAUAAACUUCUGAUUGUGCAGAUCAAGAUGGUGAUGAAGGUCCUGGUCCUCUAUUUACCCCUCCCCAUGUUCUGGACACUAUUUGACCAAAAGGGUUCUCGCUGGACUCUGCAAGCCACCACCAUGGAUGGGAACUUUGGAUUUCUUGUUUUGCAGCCUGAUCAAAUGCAGACUUUAAACCCUAUCCUUAUUCUCACUUUGGUUCCAAUAACUGAUCGGCUGAUAUACCCACUUAUUAACAAAUGUGGCCUGAACUUCUCGCCCUUAAAAAGAAUGACAGUCGGGAUGUUUCUGGCAGCUAUGGCUUUUGUUGCUGCUGCUUUAGUCCAACUUGAGAUAGAUAAAUCUCUGCCUAUCCUCCCCUCAAGCUCUCAGACCCAAGUGAGAGUACUAAACGUGGCAAACAGUGGUGUGAUGGUAACUAUCCCACCUAAUGAGCCAUUUCCAGUUGGACCUUACCAGGCAAAUGAGCAAUAUAUGACAUUUGACAGUGAGCAAAUAACGGUCUCAUUAAACACUACACCUGCAACAACAAGCACGUUCAGUGUAACAAAGGCAAUGAGACAGACUGUAGUUGUCACUCCUGGAAACGUCAUGGUUUUGGUUCAUGAUAAGAAUGCCAAACCAGAUCAAGGAAACAAUGCAGUGAGAUUUAUCAAUGGUUUGACCACAGCAGUGAAUGUGACAACUAGCGGGGUAGACUAUGGAAGAAUACAUCCGUCAAUGAUUUCAAACUACUCCCUGAUGCUACAAGGAAAGUAUGUCUUUACAAUCAAAAAUGGUGUAGAUCAGUGUGAGUACACCAAAGAGUUUGGAUUUGGAGGGGCCUAUUCGAUCAUCAUUCCCAGCCCGUGGAAUAAUUGUGAGGACAUUUUUGAGGUUGAGGAGAUCCAACCCAACAGCGUUCACAUGGCUCUCCAGAUCCCACAAUACUUCCUCAUGACUGCAGGAGAGGUGGUCUUCUCUGUGACUGGUUUAGAGUUCUCGUAUUCACAGGCACCAAGCAACAUGAAGGCAGUGCUUCAGGCAGGUUGGUUGCUUACUACAGCUGUGGGCAACUUUAUUGUUUUAAUUGUGGCUCAGCUGGCAAAGUUAGACAAACAGUGGGCAGAGUACCUACUCUUUGCGUCGCUCUUGAUUGUCGUCUGUGUCAUCUUCUCCAUCAUGGCCUAUUUCUACACCUACAUCGAUCCAGUAGCUAUUGAGGCUGAAUUUAAAAAGAAGGAGGGGCUGGAUCCUGACAAAGAGGAGAAAUUAGAAAUGAAUGAAAAAGACUCUGUUCAGCAUGAUGAUGAGGAAGAGCCCAGACAAACAAAAAUGUGAAUGUGAAGACAGAACAGAAAACACACUCUGUUUACUGUCUACUGUUUUGUCCUGACACAUACGUAAGUCAGGGCUCUGUGGCAAUGUAUGAAAUAUGCUGUCCCAGAAAUACUUUCAAUGACUUAAAUGAAAGUCAGGAAGUCACAGGACAAUAUUACAAACAUGUGGGAUAUUAUACAUUGCACUUCAUUUUGUGUGAAGGCUACUGGAUGUAGAAUAAAGAGAGGGCUACAGUAUUCUUUUGUAGGAUGUGAACGUAUGAAAGUAUGAAAAAUGUGUGUCCAAUCUUUGUUUGUAUUAGGCUUCGUCAGCACUUUAAGCUACUGGUUGUAUUGGAAAAAAUGUAUUUGGAGAAUAACACAUGUUUGUUCGGAUAUUUGUUGUAAGUCAUAUUUUUGUUGAUUGUCAGCUUUCACUGCCUAAUACAAUGGAAUAGACCUACUGUCUCAUUAAGAAGUAGGCCUACCUACAUUAAAAGUAUAACCUAAUGUAACCUGUAGGGACUAAUAUUCUGAUAGGUUAGCCUAACAGCUAUCAUUAAAUAUUUGUGUUCAGUCAUAAAUAAACUAUUACAUAACUAUAUUAUAUUAGGCUAUAAUAAUAAAUAUA